UGCUCUAGUCGGUCGUGCGUGGUCGCAUAAUCUGAAAAUUUUUACAUUCUCGUGGUGUGAUUUAUUCUGAUGAAAUUAAUUUUGUUUUAAAGAAACAUUUAAUAAUUUCGUUCAACGUACGGUAUAACUUCUUAUUGAGUUUUUCAUUACACAUCUUUCACAAAUAUUUUCAUCAUGGAGUUAAGUCAGCAUGAGUUGGCCGAACUGGAAGAAAGGUUAUAUUCCAGUAUACAUCAUGCAAGUGCGGAACCAAAUGUAUGUACAAAUAAUUCAGCGGAAUCAACACCACUGCCAACUGCUUUAAAUGAAUUGGUUCCUUCUCGUCAUCGUGUGGUUAGCGAUAAGGCGAUCGUCAAUGAUGGUCGUCGGAACAAUUUAAAACUGAAGCGUUAUUGGAGUUCGAUGCAACAAAAAUCAAAAACAUACCCAGGUAUUCAAAACAACAAACCCUGGAGUGGAGUAUCCAGUAUUAGCGGGGUUUCAAAUGAAGAGGAUGUUUCCAUAUCCAGACAACAAUCAUUCACACCUUAUCAGUCGAUACUUGGACCACCAAAUGAAGCUUUAGAGAAGGGUGGACCUAACAUAGAGUUAGUAGGUGUGAUGCCUAACGAGGAAAAACAAAGAAAAAAGAAAAGUGUUCAAGGAGAUGGAAAGAAAAUUCCUAAUAUAAACAGCAUUAAAAACAGAAAAUUAGAACAGCUAAAAAAGGUGAAAGCAAAAAGAGUUAAGGCUCAACGAAGUCGUCAGAAGGCCUUCACGGAUCAGCAGCGGUUAGUAGCUACGAUAGAAAUAGAAUCAUCUUCGGAAGAAGAUGGGGAAUACCGUUCACCAGAUCCCAUCAAACAGGAAUCGAAAGAAGAGAUAAUAGGACAUCAAGAUUUAGAGGACUCUGACCCAGAUGAAGUGGUUGUUAUUCCAUCUGCACCACCUCCGCUUGUCUGCAUAGAGAGCACUGAUGAUGAGGGAGAUAAGAACAACUUUACCCAUCCAAAAUCAAAAAAGAAGAAAAAUACAAAAAAGAACUCGCCUCGUUGUUUGAGCCCAUCGAAUAGUUCUAUCAUGUCAGAUGAUUUCAUCGGACAAAAUGAUCGGACUCGUUUGAACGACAGCUUCAUCGAAGGGAUGACGAACGACGUAGAACUCGAUUGUUCGGCACUGCCCACUGUUGGCUCACUGCUGGCUGGUGAACGAUUAGGUGGUGUUGUCGAUAUUAGUCGUGGAGCACGGGCCCCUUCUAUCUCUUCUGAAGGAACAGUUGCUACGAGCAGUGAUACCACCGACCAAGACAAACGCAAUAGUCUUAAAAAGGCUCCCACACCCCCGAUUGUCAGUCAUUUUGGAGCGAUGUCCAAAUCAUGUUCGACGCCAAAGCAAUCUUUGCAAGUAAAGAAAGUUGCUGGUAACUCUAAAGGGCCGAAGCUGCCUGAAGAAGACAGUAUCUAUACUAGCACAUCGGCCAAGAAAUCGAAGUCGCUUAUAGAAAUAUGCCCUCGUAGCAUUUCAUCCGAUGAAAGCAACGGCGGGAAUAUUUCAUCUCACUCGAAACGAUCGAAAUCUUACCAUUCAGAUGCCAGCAACAAAAGUUCAAAGAAGCGUAAAAAUCGCCGUCAGCGUGAUUCCGAGCAUUACUCCGAUGAGGAUUUUGCCUCGAUGCUAACCGAUAUCGUUCAAGCCAUUUCCGAGAACGAAGAAGAAGAAAGUUCUGAGGAAGACGACGCGUCGCAUAACGAAAAUCAACCCUCUACGGCUGCAGUAGAUCGAACAAUUGAUCUGCAUCCCGACAGUUCGAACGAUAUUCUUGAGAUUAAAGAUCAGGAGCCAAGCACAAUCAGCCUACCGCAGGUGGAACAACGCAAUACAGUUGAAGUCUUUCCUUCCCAAGUUCCGCAUGAUAUCAACGAUUCGGCAGUUGUGUGUCUUGAAAACGACUCACCACCUGUCAUUAGUUUGCUCAACGAAUCAGCUGACGAACGGAAGAGAGACAAUACGCCUCUUAAAAAAUUUCAUCGCAGAGAGGAUGAACCAGAGUACUGCUGGAACAACGAAAUCAGAAAGUUCUACAACAAUUCUUGGAAUUGUGAAGAUUUCAACAUUUCGACUGUGAUGUUUAACAUGCCUCGAUCUAGCAAGAGCUGGCCUAUCGUGCAUAAGGACAAAUACCCGGAUCCCCCGCGGAAGGAAAUCACUUGCAACAACUGCGGCGAACGAGGACACAUGCGCUAUCGAUGUCAAAAUCCACCGAAACCAAGAACCUGUUACAUGUGUGGACAAACCGGACACCAGGAACCUCGUUGUCCCAAUACCGUUUGCCUUAAGUGUGGAGAGAAGACGAGAAAUUUCCUUCGCGGUUGUCAGUCGUGCGCCCGCGAACAGCACAUGACCUGCCAUCUCUGUGGAGUGCGUGGGCAUGGCCAACGAAACUGUCCGGAUAAGUGGAGGCGCUAUCAUUCGACGAUCGAAGAUAAUAAACCAUUGACACGAACUUUCGUGCGCAAUCCAAACGCGAAGCAUUGCUGCAUUUGUUCGCUUCCCGGUCAUGAAGCGCAUAUGUGCAAUGCUGCGCUGCGAAUUUUCGGCCAACUCGUACCGACUACCGAGGUGAAGAACUACCAGCCGGUGUACUACAUUAACGAGCGGUAUCGCCAGCAAGACGAGAAAAAUGAACAAAAAUUCAACAUGUUUAGCGAUAUGGCCGACUAUCGGCUUAAUUUUGACGGCAAGUUUGCGAUGAAUGAGAAAAGUUUCUACAACCGAUUCGCUAAGUCAGUCGGACUGUUGGAUAAGAAAAAGCGAAGAGAGGAACGGCUGGCUCGUAGAAUGCGCCGAGAAGCCAGAAAACGCAAACAAGCGGCUGAAACAACUACGGGAGAUGGGAAGGUUGUUUGCAAUGAAGAGUCGAAGGAUGCUGACCCAUCCACUAAAGCGAAAGAAGUUGCCCAAGAGAGCACAGGUGAUCCAACUAAAACUGCCAAGGAGGACUCGAACUACAGUUUCUCUGAAUUCUUCGAAGAAUCUCCGGUAACAUCGCAACCUCAUGCACAGGAACCGUUGCCGGACUACAUUCCGCUAACGUCUAGCGAAACCCCCUCUUCCUCGACUCUUGUAUGCUCCGCGGAACAAAAUAGCGACGCAAAGAUUUAUCUCACAAAACCUCACGCAAAGAUUCUGCUUGGACCCAACGGAGCAGCAUUUCUCAAAGAUGCCUCCGCCAAGUUUACCCUCAAGCUCAGCGUUUCGUUCCAGUCUGUGGGAAAUGUUUUGAUGGUAAAUGGUUCUUCGAUAGCUCAGGAUAAUUUCCAUAACGAGUUGGUCAAAUAUUUGAACGACGCAUCGCACCAAAACGAACAACUGAAAAAUAUCAACAAUGUUCCGAAACUUACCGAGAAAACGAUUAUUUAUAUAGUGGAACAUUUGCAGUUACUAACGCGACCAUAUUUAAAUGUUAAAAACAUUUUUAAUCGCUAUCAAAAUUUUGAUGGUAAUGCAAAAACUGCCGAUAAAAUUCGCCGAACGUUGAAUAUUGUUCUUUUCGGCCAGUUUGGCAUGCGAGAAGGAAGAGAUCAUCUCAAUAAGCUACAGCUCAACCUUAAAGAACUGAGAAACAGCCAAGACCUGAAUGUUUCCAUGUCUGUCAGGAACGAGAUCAACCAGCACAUUCGUUAUAUUUUCACCGGCUACGAUCAUGCAAACUAUGGCGACAUAGUAAACGAGUAUGAGGAGCUUCGGAGAAAACAAAAAUUGAUUAAGGUAAGGCCUGAAGAUUUGGAUCUCCCGCAGAUUUCGCCUACUAAAAACAGACACAUGUCCGACAAUGAUGAGUCCAAGGGUAUUGAUGAACAUAAUCGUUCGAUGAAUUUUCUUGACUACAUCGAUGAUGAUCUCAUUCUAAAUACCUCCGAUCAACUGAUAGAGUCCAACAAUAGUGAGCUGAUUGGAGGCUAUGAACAGCGAAAGUCAAACCAGCCUAGAACGAACCCAAACGAAUCAUCAUCAUCGUCAUCUGUAUCAUCUUCGAAUCAACAACAAACGCCAAAAACUAAAGGUAACAGCUCUAAGCAACAGAAAAUCGAUACCCUGCUGAGUGAGUGCCAUCAUAUGGUCAAGUUGCUCGACAACGGUCCAAUCACUGCAAAGUUCGAUCGGAUCGUUUGUCAAGCGAGAGAGGGUCAUAUGUCUAAAGCAAACUAUCGCACACUACUGGGUAUCCAUUCGAUCCUGAAAAGUAAACUUGGCCGCAGGUUGCAAUCAAGAAAGAAACAUUCAAGCUAGUAUUUUUUCGUUCUUUUUGUAAAAGUAAAGAGUUUCUUGCGUAUCAUUUGCUUAAUGAGGUUUAGAUGGUACUGAAGGAGUUUUUUUGUGAAAUAAGUAAUAAAACAUAUAAAUGAGAUGUAGAACCGAUAAUAAAAUGAUAGUCUUGUAUAAUCGUAUUUCCAUUUUUUAAAGAAACUUCUGGGUUUGAUCAGACAGUAUGUACUACAAUUUUGUUCCGGGGAGUUAUUUUUUUAUGUCACGCACACAGUCUUACGAACUCAUAUUUUUACAUGUCUCGUUUACUGGCUUAUAGAUCAAGUAAAUUUUGGAAUUAUUUGCAUGUGCGAUUAGCUUUCGAUUACGAAAUAUUGUGACCUUUUUCGAAAG